AUGAAAAUUCAAGAUCUUUACAAACCGCUUUGGUUAAUCGUAAUAUUUCUGAAUCAAUCAGAAUGUGAUUGGCUUAAUUGUGGUCACAUUGAAAAAUGUCACUGCAAAUGGUCAUCGGGAAAGAAGACUGCCACCUGUUCUUCAGCAGGGCUUACAAAUAUACCAAGACUGUCCCCAGAUAUACAAGUUUUGGACUUACACGACAAUGCACUGAGAGAACUAAACAGGGACACAUUUACUGGAAUAGAUUUGCUAAAUCUACAACGAUUGAAUUUAAGUGAUACUAAAUUAAGAAGAAUUCAUAACAACGCGUUUAGAGAAUUAAUAAUUUUAAUAGAAUUGGACCUCUCUCAUAAUGAACUUCAUCAUUUGUCACCAGAAAUAUUCGAUGGAAUUGAUCGCUUGAGACAUUUAAUACUUCACGAUAAUCCACUUAAAGAAUUCUAUUCUGAACAAUUUCCGAUUCUACGACAUUUGAAGAAAUUAGAAAUAUCUAAAUGCCAACUACAUAAAAUUCAUCCCCUUGCAUUUUCAAAUCUUAGAGUACUCGAAACGAUUCAUGCACAUCAGAAUUUACUAUCAUAUGUACACCCGAAUACCUUUAACUUGCCAUUUUUGAAAACUUUAACAUUGUCAGACAAUCCCUGGUACUGUGAUUGCAGAUUAAGGAAUUUCCAUGAAUGGUUUCUCAACGCUAAUCUGGGAAAUGAAGAAGUAUUAUGUGCUGGACCAAAGAAUUUUGCUAACAUAUCAUGGCAAUAUAUUAAAGAAAACGAAUUUGUUUGCCCUCCGCAAGCUACUUCUAAUCCCACCGUCUUAAGAGCAGAAGUUGGAGCUGAUAUAUCAUUCGGAUGCUUUGCUUCUGGAGAUCCAAAGCCAAAUGUAUCCUGGUAUUUGGGUAAGAAGGAAAUUCAAAACUUAACAACAGACGAAAUUGAAAUCAAAGUUUACAAAUAUGACGUAAUAGACAAUGAAUUCAAUACUGAUAUGAUAAAUAAAAGUUCCCAAUGGAUGAAUAUAAGUAUUUCUAAUAUAACGGAUAAGUUUUCAGGAGAAUGGAUAUGUCAUGCAAAUAGUUUUGUCGGUGAGGCAAGUGCUAAUUUCACUUUAUUUUUAUCAACACCACGAACUGCAACCGCACGUUCUGCUCCAGAAUUUCCUAAAUUAAUUUUAUUUAUUGUUUCAAUGUUAAGUAUGACUCUAAUAGGUUUUAUAGCUACUUGUAUUUGUUGGAAAACGAGACGCCGAAGUUUGAGUCCAAGUAAAAGUUUUACAGACCAAGAAAAGAAAUUACUCGAUUCUUCUUUAGCAGCCAGUUGUGGUAGACAAAGUGUUGAUUUAAGUUCAUCUUAUGGCUUUGAAAUGUUAGACAGGUCAACGUCUAUCGAUAGUACGGACACUCAGCGUUGUUUGGAUACUGUUCAAAUUACUUUAGAAACUUCUGGGCAAUUUCCUUCACCGCCGAUAGAGUUUACUUUACCAAGUUCUUUCGCUAAUAUAUUUAUAUCAGUGCAAUUAACUGAUAAAAGUGAAGGGAAUUCAGAUUUUUUAUGUAACGAAAGAAACGUGUCUCAUUGUAGACCAUGUUUUUUCGAAUCAUCAAAUGAUAAUACCAGUAAGAAAUUUAGAACACCCAGUUGUUCAACUUUAUCUUUUUCAGAAAAUAAUGCAACUAGUCGUACAAUGGAAAGGAAUUUAAAAACUUCUUUGUCAUCCUUUUCAACUGAAUUCACAGCUCUUUGA